CGGAGCCGGAGCAGCCGGAGCCGGGGCAGGAUGCGCCCCACCGCCGCCCCGCUGCCGCUGCUGGCGGCCUCGCUGCUGCUGCCGCUGCUGCUGCCCGCCGCGCCCGCCGCCCGCGGUAGCCUGGAGCCGCUGCCGGGUAACGCCAGCCGCCCGCCCGCCGCUCCGGGCCCCGGCAACCACAGCGGGGCCCGGCUCAGCCCCGUGCCCGCGAUGCUCCGCGAUCUCUCCGCGCUCAAAGCCGCCGUCAUCGGGGCCUGCGCGCUCACGGCCGCGCUCAUCGGCUGCCUCCUGCUCCGCGUCUUCAGGUCUGGCAAGAGGAUUAAGAAGACCAGGAAGUAUGACAUAAUCACCACCCCGGCUGAGAGGGUAGAAAUGGCUCCUCUGAACGAGGAAGAYGAUGAGGAUGAAGACUCGACAGUGUUUGAUGUGAAAUACAGGUAAAGCAGCUCCGUGGAUGCCCUGCAAGAUGUCAUUCUGCUGUCGAGGGACCUGCUGAACCCAUAACUGUGAAAGGGGAGGCUUUCAUCUCUGCAGCAUUAMAACCAAACCAAGCCUCACCUCACCUCCUCGAGGUGCUGUUUGUACAGCAGGCUGUGGAUCUUCUGACUAAAACAGCACCGUUUGGUUUCCUGGUGUCCCGACUGCUGCGUUGGAAUGACCAGAGUUCCUCUUUGGAAACUCAGCUCUCUUGCUUUAGGAGGGCUGCAGUGUCACCAAAGCAUGACAAGKUGCAGCUCCUUACAGUUUAAAUAAGUUUUAAGGAGGAGGAAGACAAGGAAGAUUAAACUGAGCUGCCCCAAGGACUUAUUUUCUAAAAUCCUAACUCGACACUUCAGUCACUGUUAAACUUUGGUCAUUGUUAAACAGAUCGUGUGUUUAAAAAAAAAAGUAUUUUUGGGCCUUACAGAGGUGACUUAGGACUUUAGAUGGUAAAAUGUAAGCCAUGCUGAAAUGCCACACAAUGUUUGGUAUAGGGUUUURGGUGGGAAAGGGUUUGGAGGUUGACCUGUGUAAGAAAUUUUCUUGACUUGCUACUGAUUUUUUUUUAAACAACAAUUGCACUAAGUUUUCAUGAUGYCACUCUCAUUGUCCCAAGGAGCUCUGAUCAGACCAACUUCACUUAUUGAGAYCACAGGGAAACAGGAAGAAUCAGGCAUGCUCUAAACUACAACAAUCUUGGAUUAAAGAAGAUAUAUUUUUGUAAUUUUCUGCCCUUCCACUGGGAGUAAAACCAGUGUUUUGUACUGUCCUGUGCUGACUGUUAAUUGUCUACAAUUCAUCUAUAUUACCUUUUUCUAAGGAAAGUAAGUGCUCAUGUGGAAUGAUUGGAUUGCAGAGAGAACAURUCUUAUUUUUCAUGGAAGCUUCAUGUAAGCAAUCUUAUUCUCUAUCAAACUGGAARUUUUCCCUUACUACCUGCUUGACAAAGCUCAUUUAACUCAAGGACACAUUUGUAACCGUAGCUCCCUGCCGUGCUUUGUGCUGCAGAGGUCAGAGCUGUGGGAUGACMCUGUGGGAAUUGGAUUGCUGCAUCUGGAAGGGUCUGGUUUGGAGACCACAGGCAUCCCAACCUUCCAGGCCAGUGGUGGAAAGGGCAAACCCAACUGGGUUAGUUUCUUUACUUUGUGGUUUUCCUUUAGAGUAACCACAGAUGCAGUUCAGGCUUUACUGUUUACUGCACUCCUUAACACCUUCUAUUUUGGGUGUUUAAGCUGGCUGGAACCUUGCUUUUCUUGGGGAAAAGCAUCUUUUCCAAUUGUUUUAGGAUUGUCCCACUGUUUGCUUGACCCUCUCCCAGCCCUGCAAUUGCAAUCCCUCAAGGAUUCUGCUGUUUCUGGCAAAGCACCAGCCUUGCAGCAGGCUGCCACUUUUGGGAUUUUUAUCUUUUCUUUUAAAGCCCUGUUGAGAUUUGAGGCUUGUUGAGAACACCAGACUGCUUUGUCAUGAUACCACGACCUGUGGCUCCCCUCAGCCUUUCAGUCAGAUAAAGGAGGUGAAGGGGAAUUUUUCUCCUUUCCAGCAGCUUUGUGGAUUCAUCCCAGCAGCUGCCAUACCACAGCUUGCUUUCCCUAGCUGUGACUCAGCAAAGGCUUUGCAGACAGCCAACUCAGCCUGGAUGGAAAAAUCCCAAAGCAGACUGUUGUGUUAGUAUUAAUCAUCAAGGCAAUAUAAAAUGCUCUGUUAUUUUCAUUCAUGGAACAGUUUGAGUCAUUCAGUGCCACUGUUACCAAGCAAUAUUUGACAUGUCAGAUGGGCUGGGCAGGUUGUUCUGGCUGGAGGAAGCACAGGGAGCAGAGAAUGGAACGAUGCUGCAGGCUGAGGUGAGSUCUGGAGCUCUUUCCCUGCCUUGGUUAAACACACCUCUGGAUGCUCCAGAAGGAAAUAGUGUUUUUCUUCAGGCCUGCAAGACUGURAAGGCUGGGAAUUGAAUUUCUUGGGCAGACCCAGCCCUGUAGAAGUCAGAGAAGCAGCGAUGCUGAGAGGAGAGGGGAGGGUUAAAAGCUGCUUUUGGCAUUUGUGGAAGGAGGGGAUGGGGUGAGGUGGCUGCCCUGUGAACACACACAUGGCAGUGUGUUCCUGUCACUCUUUAAACUGAGCACCAGGCACUCUGAGAGUGGGGAACAGGGAAUAAAACCAUCUCUUGGCACAAAAGAAAGGCAAGACCAAGUUAUGUAGGAGAGAGAUGAGAAGAAAAGAUGCACGAAGGGCUUCUCCCUUCUGAGGGCAAGUCAGUUCUUGAAAUCAGUUUGUCCAGCAACUUCAGGUCACCUGCUGAGUUAGCACAGGCCAUCUACUCCCCUUGCUUGUAGCUGAAAAAAAAAAGAACAAAAUCCUACUAUUUCACAACAUGGCCAAAUCUCAAUGGUGGACAGGGACCAGGUAUUUAAGAUUUUGAAGAUGGAGGUGCUCAACGGCUGCUGGGAUUUCCUGGCUUCUCAGGGAAGUCCCAAACUGUGCCAUAAGCUGAAAAGUGCUUAUAGGGAAGCUUGGUGGAAAUAAGAGGUCAACCUGACCAGUUGCUCACGGUCAUGAAAAUAUUCCAAAUGCUCUGUCUGAUACUCAGUUGCUGUUGCAAAUGUGAGGCAAUGUUUACCUCUACAAAACUUGCUGUAUGUGAUUUAAAGUGUCUGGUUAAAUAUUCUAUAGCUAUAUUUAGUUAAGAUUUUAAGAGCACUUGAUGUGACUCGUCUAAUAGUAUAUAUAUAUGAAUAUUUUUUUAAUAGUAGAAAUCAGUUUAAAACAUAGUUUUAAUAAUUUAAACUGUUUGGUUCAGGUAGUUUUAGGAAUUCAUCAGAGAAGAAGUAGCCAUUAACCACUACAUGAGUUUUUUACUUUAGUGUUCUGUGUAUCUUACACUGCAGAUUUAAUCUGAUUGUGACUGUAACGUGUCUUAGUAUCUGCUGCUAUUUUGUGUUGCCUAGUCAAACUUGCUUUGUUCAAGAGCAUUUUUAAAGGCUUAUUAUUUUUUUUGUUACAGAAAAUGCAAACAGAAAUGUUAUUACAGCUGUCUGCCUGUAGCUCACUGACUGCUUAAAGAGGCAGAGUGAGUCAGAGGCUUUUCCCUGUGUGCAUGUGGAGGGAAAGCCCUGCACAGAAUUGCAGCUGCUUUACUCCAGCCACAGCCCUGUCACCAGAGAUUAAUUACAUUUGAGAAGCCACAAGUCAGUGUGCCAUACUUACCUGCAGAACUAAGUACACAGAUAGCUUUGUAUUUGCAUUUUCCCCCGUUUUGUUCCCUGGAAGUUGCAGAGAUGACUGCAAACGCUUGUUCAGAACACUAAUAAMAUAAUCUAACAUCACUAACACCACUUUGUGAUACCCUAGUGUUUAUCUUAAGGCCAAACUUACUUGCAGRAGUCUGCAGGCACUAAUGAGGCUUGAAYAYACAGACACUAAUUAAUUCAAACACUUUGUUCAUAAYUGUUCCCUCUGAUUCCAUGUAUACAGUACAAUCUCUGCAGGGUGGUGGGCUGUGGUUUUUGUUGAAGAUUUAUCCUUGUUAGUUGAGUUUCUGAUGCUGCAGUUUGUAUGUGAGGAGGUAUCAGAACCGUGUGUUCAGUUUUGUGCAAUUGCUUUGAACUUUUUUUUAAAAAUGAAUUUGUCAUUGUGACCAAAGCUUCUUUUUAAGGAAAAAUUGAUUUGGUUUGAAUGGACUUCACGUGUUUCAGUAGAAACUGCCAUCAUUAAACAUGUCCUUGAA